AUGCAACGAACCAAACGGCAAGAGAAUCAAAUGGUUAAAAUUUCAAAUAAUCAUAAAAAACGAAAAUUAAAAAAUCAAAAACCAUUGCUCACUAUUUUUACUGAAUGUGAUUAUAGUCCAAUACAAUCGUUGAUAAUCAAUGGCCGUUUUCCAUUUGAUUCAUUUGGUAAUUUAUUAUGUUGUCUUCCUAAACUUCAACAUUUAUCAAUUGACUGCCUUGUUCAAGAUCGUUAUUAUACAGAAGAAGAAGAAGAAAAAUUAUCUCUUAUUCAAUUAAAAUGUUUGAAAUAUGUUUCUCUUCGAAUCGAUUAUGUUGAGUUUAAAACACGAAAAGAUUACGUUUAUUAUUGGGAAUCAAAUGAACCUAUUUGUUCACAAAUACAAAAAGAAAAUUAUCACUUAGUUAAACAUUUUUAUAUUUGUAGUAAAAAAAUAAAAGAUAAUUAUCUAAGUUACUUUUCAAAUGUUAAUCAAUUAACUGUUAAACAUCAUUUUGAAACAUCAAAUGAUUCAAUUCCAACAACUCUUCAUCGUAUGAUUCCUUUAAAACAACUUACAAAGUUAGUUAUUGAAUAUUAUAAGUUUUCAUUCAUUGAAAUUAUUCAAUUUUUACAUUUUACACCUAAUUUAUAUGCAUUAAAAUUGGAUUAUUUACCAUUCAGUCACCUUAGUUUCAAUGUAAUUAAACCAAAUGAAGUUUUUCAAUAUGUAUCAAAUAGAAAUAAAAUAAAAAUUCUCGAUUUUCGUGUCUGGUGUUCAUCGAAUGAAAUUCAAUUGGUUGUGAAUUUAUUUCCACAAGUAUAA